CCCUAAGCCCGGGGGAAGGAACGAACGACCCCACCCACCCCAUCGUCCUGAGGUUGAUCGGAGCCGGAGGAGAGCAUCCACACCGACCGAGGAAGAAGGAGGAGCGGCGAGGCGAAAGAUGGGGAAGAUGCCUGUGCGUAUGAAGGCGGUGGUGUACGCGCUGUCGCCGUUCCAGCAGCAGGUGAUGCCGGGCCUGUGGAAGGACAUCACCACCAAGAUCCACCACAAGGUCUCCGAGAACUGGAUCUCCGCCACGCUCCUCAUCACCCCCGUCGUCGGCACCUACCAGUACGCCAUGUACUACAAGGAGCAGGAGAAGCUGUCCCACAGAUACUAGAUGUGAAGCUUUGUUGAAUGUCAAAGCAGUUGAAAAUUUCCAUGUUCUAUAAUCUGCCAAGAGUGAUUUAACAUUUUUGGAAUCAUUUCCUAGUUGUACUCUUUUCCUCUUUCCAUGCAUAUGCAAUGAUGCAGUAAGUGUGACUUGCAAACUUACUUUGAGGCUCAAAUGUUGUGUUAUCCAUCGUUGGAGCAAUUGUUGAAUAAAGCAAAUUAACUCGUCA